AGAAUGUAUGUGUUCAAAUGGAGAGUGGGGUUUGGUGAGGGUAGUUUGUUAUGUUUAUAAAGUGGAAAAACAAUGUGAGGGAGAGGGUAUCGCCUAUAUAAGAGAUCCCACCACCACACCAGUAACGGAUGAGAAACAAGAUGGACCCAUGGAUGCACAGUUGGCAUUUGUGGACAAAUCGUAGACUAAGAUCCUUGCCAAAUCCAAGACUGUCCGAAGAAUAUGAAAAGUCUACUAGCAUACCAACCGUCGCAGUUUUAACAAGUGAAUUGCGACGUAUGACGAAUGCACUGGACACUGUGCCUGUGGACGCAUUUACAACGUGCAACAAGUCAACGGCCAACAACUUCUGCUGGCUUUCGGAAAACACAAGUAUCUUCAAUUCUCUGUUAUUGCAUAUUAAUCUGGAACUCAAAGAACAUCGACCGCAUGCUUUUGGAUUGUACAACAUGGAUAUCUCCAUUGGUAUGGACGAUUGCGGUGUUUUACUAGCGUGCCUUGCGAUGCAUCUGCUACUUCGUAUUCAUCAUUGUAUCGAAUCGAUUGAGCUAAGCAAAAAUGUACUUGUACACGCUUAUACAAAGAUAAUUUGUGAUGGGAUUUCUUUGAGUCGUGGACUUCGUAAUAUGCAUAUAUGUAUAGAUUUGGAUUUAAAUGCAUUCGUAAAUAUGCGUAUCCAAUUGUUAAAAGCCCUUUGCCUUUGCAACUCGAAAUUUGAAACAUUGCAUUUCUUUCAACUAAACGUUCCUUCAAAUCUGCAAAUGCAAUUCGUCCAAAUGUUGCAGCGUCAGCCAUUGAAGUCGUUAGAUAUAAUUAGCAGUGAUUUGUCGGAAAAUAGUGUCGUAGAAUUAAUGAAUGUUUUGUGUGAAAAGAAGGAACUCGUUUCUUUAAAAUACAAUUCAAACAUUCUUAACAAAGUAUCUGCUGAUAAAUUUGGAAAAUUUUUAAUAAGCGAACAUUGUCAACUUCGAGAAAUCCUUUUUAUCAAAGUAGAAGAAACACAUUUGAACGAUAUGAUUAGCAUAUUUCGGAAUAUUGGAAACAACCGUACUAUUAAGAAAUUAGGGGUACUCUUCUGCGAUUUAGAUACGAGUGCACACCUUACUUUAAUAAAGAGUUUAUUUAAUAAUGAAAGCAUCGUUACUCUUACCUUCGGAGACAUGGAGAUUUCACGAAGUGUAUUUAAACAGAUUGCAAAGUUAUUGAAGAUAAAUAGGUUUCUCGAGGUUCUUGAAAUCAAUUGCAUGUUUCUGAAUUUAAGUUCGGCCAUCUCACUUUCAGAAUCAUUAAAACGUAACAAAAGUCUUCGUAGGUUAGGAUUUGGUUUCACCAGUAUAGAAGCCGAUGGUAUCGUAUGUAUGAUUGAGACUCUCACUACAAAUAAGACUCUAAAUAAAUUGUCCUUUAAUAUAGAUCCUAUGACCGAAAGUAUACAAAGAGCCUUAUGCGACGGACAAGCAUAUUCUCGUGUAUGUUUAGUUUCGUACGAGACGCAAGAGUUGUUUGCAUAUUCGCAAUAUAUUACAAAUAAUAUAAAUACUAUUACAAGUGUGUGUGUGUCGUCCAUGAUAUGUACUGACGAUUGUAUUGCUGCAUUGUUUAGAUCUCUACAAAAUGCACCAUUUUUAAAAGAUUUGUGUGUUAAGACAUUUUCUCACAUUGACCUAAAUAUGUCUGCCGAAGCCAUACCUACAAUUUUACGAAAUAGUUCAAGUUUAAAAAGUGUUAAUUUGUGCUUUAAUUUCCGAAUCGAAUUCAUAAUUCCAAUAAUGAAUGGUCUAGAAAAAAGCAAAAGUAUAAAAAAUUUUAAUAUGCCAUAUAUCUUGCAAUCGGAAGACACUCUGCAAUCUUUAAUAAACAUCGUAAAUAAUAACACUGUUUUAAAUAAACUUUCCAGUAUAAUGGUUGCUGAUGCGUGUCCAGAUAUUGGCCAUUUAUUAGAUGCGAUAGAGAAUAAUACGACUCUCUUAAAAAUGGAUGUAUUUGGUAUAGGUUUGACGCAUGUGGAUAGUUUUGACUCUGUUUUUCGCAUAAGAGAAGCAAUGAGAAGAAAUCUAUCAUUGCGUAAUCGUGUAAUGGAAUUUCUCAUGGAUCCACCAGCGUUUGUCACAUACGACGCGGUAGUUCUUUACGAAAAAAUAAGGUAUAGCGAUUCUUUUGUCAAAUUUGCGAAUAAAAUAAUUACAAAUAACAGUUUUUCUCAUAUGCAAAAUCGAGCAAACAAUUAUCUAAUGUAUAAUUUUUUUAAACUUGCAAAUAUUUGUAUAAAAAUUGUGUGUUAUUCUCUAUUAGAAUCUCGUGUUGUACAGAUCGACAGUCUGAAUCAUGGUUGUUUAUUUAAAAUUAUUUCUUAUCUUAAAUUGUCCGAUAUUAAAAAGUGCUGACCAUAAUAAAAUAAAAAUAUGUAAUCGCACAAACCAUCUCGUUUCUGUGCAAAAUCAUUUAUUCGUAUC